CACUUUAUUACAGGUGAAGAGAAUGGUAGUCUUUAACAUAACCCACCCUGAAGAGUUCAUUCUUCUAGGUUUUGCCAACCACCCCUGGCUAGAGCUCUCUGUCUUCAUUAUUCUUCUGGUAAUAUAUCCCCUGGCUAUGAUGGGGAAUGUCGCCAUCAUUCUGGUGUCCACCUUAGACCCCCAUCUCCACAGCCCCAUGUAUUUCUUCCUCACCAACCUCUCCUUUCUGGACAUGUGCUACACCACAAGCAUUGUGCCUCAGAUGCUGUUUAACCUGGGAAGCUCCAGAAAGACCAUCAGCUAUAUGGGGUGUGCAUUUCAACUUUAUUUAUUUAAUGCAAUGGGGAGCACAGAGUGUCUUCUCCUGGCUAUUAUGUCUUUUGAUCGCUACGUGGCCAUUUGCAGACCUCUGCACUACUCCCUGAUCAUGAACCGGCGCUUAUGCAUCCAGUUAGUAUGUAUUAUGUGGCUCUGUGGAAUCGCCUAUGUCGUCUCAGAAGCCACACUUACUUUACAGUUGCCACUAUGUGGCAUCAACACACUGGAUCACUUGUUGUGUGAGAUUCCUGUUCUGAUAAAGACCGCCUGUGGUAAAAAGGAGACAAAUGAGCUGGCACUUUCAGUGGCAUGCAUUUUUAUCCUGGCUGUUCCUCUAUGCCUAAUACUUGCUUCCUAUAUUAGUAUUGGACGUGCUAUACUUAGGAUUAAGUCUUCUGAAGGAAGAACAAAGGCCUUUGGUACAUGUUCCUCUCAUCUUAUAGUGGUUUCUUUAUUUUAUGGCCCAGAAAUUAGUAUGUACCUUCAGCCCCCCUCCUCAAUCUCAAGGGACCAACCCAAGUUCAUGGCUCUUUUCUAUGGUGUGAUAACUCCUACACUUAACCCAUUCAUUUACACUCUGAGGAAUAAAGAUGUAAAGGCAGCAUUGGACAAUCUGGCAAGAAAGAUUUUAUGCUUUAAGUGAUAGUUUGUUGUUGGUAUAAUGUUCUUGUGGAAUGUCCACAAUUUACCCUUGUUCAUUCAAAUGCUCCCCCCAACCCCACUCUCUGGUUUCAAUCCCGACAGUGCAUUUGAUGCUUAUUCUAAGCAUCACCUGUCUCAAGUUUGUGUAAACAUGCCACUAUUUGUUCUCUGUAUUUUCAAUAAAACAACCAGCCAAUGCUGAGCUAUGGAGAGAAUAGGGUGGGUUAACCUGGUCCGGAGGGGAGGAAAAGGAAGCGAGUGGGCAUGUCUGAGAGCAGAGAUCGGCAGGGGAGGACUUGGAACCAGGAGGAGAGAUGAAUUGAACCUCAGAUACGACUAAAAGCAAGUAUAAUGUGGGAAAUCUGAAUGGAAGGAUAGUAUGUGGGCUUGGAGGUUAGGAUGUAGUAACUAUUGCCUAGCAUUGUGCUCUAGGUUAAUUAAAUAAAUCCUACUCUCUAUGUGGUGGUUUGGGUAUACAGCUGGUUUAGGAAUAACCACUGCAUAACUAAAAGAUGAAUCAAUGAUAGAUAUUAAUAAUCAGCAACAGUUUGUAUAUCAAAUAAAAUUAUUUAACAGUUACAUUAUGUUUCUCCUGGAUAAAACUUAAAAACCUUAAUAGUACUUUUUUUCUUAAUUGAAAAUUUUGUAAUGUGUUUAAUGUAUUUUUAUGUUAUCUAUCCUUCAUCACUUUCCCCCAGAUCCCCUGAGGAUCACUCACUUUGUUUUCUUCCUGAUUUCAUUUCUUCUUAGUAGUAACAACCCUCUGAGCCCAAUUAGUACUGACCAAUUAGUGUAUAGAUGUGGAGCUAUCUCCUAGGUAUGGACAACCUACCAGUGGCCACAGCCCCAAGAAAAGUAAUGCUUCCUCGUUUAAGCUUCCUUUAAAAGUAAUGCUUCCUCGUCAAUUCCAAUAUCAUGGUAUAUGUUUUUCUAUAUAAUAAUGUUAUAAAGUAAUGUUUGCUAAUAUUAAUGUGGGAUCUUUUAAUGUAUGAAUAUAGUUCUGUGUCUUGUUUGUAUUGAAAUUAAAAGUAUUUAAUAAUUUAGCAUGUAAAA